CAUUCCUCAUCUCUCAGCGGGGACAUGCAGUCUCUGAUCUCUCCCAUCUCCAAGGCGAUCUUAGUGGCUUUGUUUAUCUUUGCCAUUCUUUUGAUUCUCUAUGUGAUACUGUGGUACAUAUGUCGAGAUGUGGACUGUGACCACGGGAUUUGAUCGGUGGACUUGAAGCGUGUGUGUAUAUAGCGGAAAGAAACGGAGAAAUCCCUCUCAUUGCUGGUGACGGAACCGCCAGGGUGACCCCGCUCUGCCCAGCCAACAUGGACGGGUUGCCAUAGUGACAGGUGGCGCAAGAGGGAUGGGCUUUGAGGUGGCGCGGAGUCUCACCGGCCUGGGCAUGCGCGUCAUCAUCGCUGGGAAUGUUGAAGAGGAGGGUCUGGAAGCUGUGACCAAGAUCCGUAACGAGACCAAAGAGGGCAAAGUUGAGUUCCUCUUCCUGGAUCUGGCCUCCCUGCACUCUGUGCGUCAGUUUGCCCAGAGGUUCAAAGCCACAGGCCUCCCUCUCCACGUACUGGUCAACAACGCUGGCGUGAUGAUGGUCCCUGAGCGCAAGACAGAGGACGGCUUCGAGCUGCAGCUGGGCCUGAACUUCCUGGGUCACUUCCUGCUGACGCACCUGCUGCUGGACACGCUCAAGCGAUCGGGUCGCCAGGGCAACCACAGCCGCAUCGUCAACAUGUCCUCAGCAACACACUACGGGGCCCGCCUCAACCUGGGGGACCUGCAGAGCAGGUCCUGCUACAGUUCUCACGGCGCGUACUCCCAGAGUAAGCUGGCGCUGGUCAUGUUCACCUACUACCUGCAUGAGCAGCUGGCGGCCGGGGACGUCCCGGUCAGCACCAACGCAGUGGACCCCGGCAUGGUGGACACGGCCCUCUACCAGAACCUCUGCAGCCCGGCACAGCUGCUGCAGAGACCCGUCGCCAGACUCAUCUUCAGGACACCAGCAGAGGGCGCCUCCACCGCUCUCUUGGCUGCCGUGGCGACAGAGCUGGAGGGAGUGGGCGGCUGCUAUCUCUAUAACGGCCAGCGGGCGGCGUCCUCCGAGACCUCCUACGACCAGGACCUGCAGACCCAGCUGUGGAAGCAGAGCUGCAGCCUAGUGGGCCUGUAGGAGGACACACACACACACACACACACACACACACACACACACACACACACACACACACACACACACACACACGCACAGGCCUCUUACGACCAGGACCUGCAGACCGAGCUGUGGAAGCAGAGCUGCAGCCUAGUGGGCCUGUAGGAGGACACACACACACACACACGCACGCACGCACACACGCACGCACGCACACACACACACACACACACACACACACACACACCUCCUACGACCAGGACCUGCAGACCGAGCUGUGGAAGCAGGGCUGCAGCCUAGUGGGCCUGUAGGAGCACACACACACACACACACACACACACACACACACACACACACACACUGCUUUCAAUGACCUGGACGUCAUUGAACAGAACUUGCCUCCACUGCCUCUACUGCCUCUAUCAUGACUCACUACAGAACAAAGACUCCUUUUGCAAAGAGUGCAUACACACACACACACACACACACACACACACUCCACCUAACAGACUGGGUCAUAUAGUGUUUCUCUGAUCAAUGACCAUCCAUACGUGUGUCCAUGCGUGUGUGACUCUGGAUGGAUGAAGUAGUGUGUGUGUGUGUGUGUGUGUGUGUGUGUGUGUGUGUGUGUGUGUGUAGUAAUGUGUUGUGUCAUGUGCAAUAAGAUCAAUCAACGUACUUGAGUAUAAAAGCUCUUGAUUGUGGAACAUUAUGGGUGUAACUGCUGUGAAAAGUCACACUGUGUGUGUGUGUGUGUGUGUGUGUGUGUGUGUGUGUGUAUGUAUUAUGUUCUGUGUAAAUCAUUGGUUGCCAUUGGUUGAACUGAUCUGAAAUAAAUGUAUUGAUCCAUGUCUCUAAA